CGCCUUGACCGCCGGCCGGCUCUGGACGCCGUGGUUCCGUUUGUCUGUUCAGGAUGGAUGAGGCUUACGAUUUUAUUGUCCUUGGAACAGGACUGAAGGUAUCCUCGCAUGUAGCUUACCCUUACAAGUGUUAGGAGUGUAUUCUUAGUGGGAUACUUUCCAUAGAAGGGAAGAAAGUUCUGCACAUAGACAGGAAUGACUUUUAUGGAGGGAAAAGUACAUCACUGACUCCUUUAAAGGCCCUGUUUGACAUGUUUGGUGUUAACAAAGAUUUGGAAGCGUUCCAGCGAGGAAAGGACUGGAACGUGGACUUGAUUCCGAAGUUCAUUAUGGCCAAUGGUUAGCGGUCUCUCGUAGCUAUAUUGAACAAAUUUCAGGGAAUCUUGUUAAGUUACUGUUGCAUACGGGUGUGCUUCGAUAUUUGGACUUUAAACAAGUCGACGGGAGCUAUGUCUUUCAGGGUGGAUCCAUUCACAAAGUUCCAUGUAGUGAAACAGAGGCGCUCUCUUCCGGUAAGUUUUUUAUAUUAUCGAGCCAGUCAGACCUAAUGAGUCUGUUUGAAAAGCGUCGGUUCAGGAAAUUUUUGGUUUGGGUUAUGAACGUAGACGCUUCCGACCCUUCCACUUGGAGUGCAGUAUACAGUGAACCUAAGGACUUGCGCAAAGACUGCAUUAUUCAUGCCUUCCGCGCGUUUGAACUUGAGGAUGAUACCCAGAAUUUCAUUGGGCACGCUAUUUGUCUAUAUCCGGAUGAUUGUUACAAGGAUACAGUACCGGCUUCCGAGGUGACUGACCGCAUACAGUUGUACAGCAAAUCUAUGUUGCGCUACGGAAAAUCACCCUAUGUUUAUCCCCUAUACGGAUUAGGUGAAUUGUCUCAGGCAUUUGCCAGACUCAGUGCUGUUCACGGCGGAACCUACAUGUUGAACAGACCAGUUGAUGAAAUUGUAUUCGAGAAUGGGAAAGUAGUGGGUGUGAAGUCACAAGGCGAAAUGGCGCAAUGCAAGGCUGUGAUAUGCGACCCAACCUACGCUCCCGAUCGUGUGAAGAAAGUCGGUCAGGUUGUUCGUUGUAUUUGCAUUUUGAACCAUCCGAUCCCGGGUUUACUAGAUGUCUCCUCCGCUCAAAUUAUCAUUCCACAAAGCGUGACCAAACGAAAGCAUGAUAUUUAUAUUUCUUGCCUUUCCCGACAACACAUGGUAUGCCCGGAUGGUUUCUUCAUUGUCCUUGUGGCAACCACCGUGGAAACAGACAAACCACAUGAUGAACUGAAAGCCGGGCUGGACCUUUUGGGGGAAAUUGAGGAAAAGUUUGUGUCUGUGGAUGAUCUAUAUGAGCCGGUUGAUGAUGGACAUGACUCGCAGCUGUUCAUAUCAUCCAGUUACGAUGCUUCGACCCACUUUGAGAGUACUUGUGCGGACGUCUUGGAUCUGUACCAUCGCAUAAUUGGUGAACCUUUCGACUUUAGCAAAGUCGAUGAGCUCAGAGCGAAAUGGAACGAAGCACAGUCCGAUGACUGAGAGAUACUUUACCAUCGCCAGUCUCACAUCAUUCUCCUGCUUUUGUUUUCUUUGCCUUGCUUCUAUCGUGUCUGUCUCGUUCCAUGCUUUGAUUAUCUGUGAUCUGCUGAUCAUGUUAUCGAUCGAUAUUUUGUUUUCUUUCAGUUUGAGCGCGCAUAUUUUUUAAUAUGAUGUUUUUCUUCGUAAUUAUUGUGAUGGAUCCCGGCCGAUUUUUCAUCCACAUACUUUGCCAGCGUAAUUCAUCCAUUGCUAACCGCUGUUUUUUGUCCACCAUUGCACAAUCGGUUGAUAUUUCAUCUAGAAUCUUUGUUGCUGAGUGUUCCACAAAUCCAUGACGUAACUAUCUGCUGUUUCAACU